AUGUCGUCCGAACAGAAACCUCUGGCCUUGUUGGUCAAGAUCCAUCCUCGCUCGGCAGAAAAGAGGGAAAAGGUAAUUAAUUUGUCCCCCAAAACGUGUACCGAUCAAAGCCACCGAGAGCUAAUUCAUCCCGCGGCGACGACACAGAUCAUCUCCAGUCUACCGGUGAAUUUCUUCCGCCAACCAGACACGCAAUGCACGACAUGGAGCUAUUUCACGCCCGCGACGCGUCAAGGAGGCAUGUUGGCAAAGUUCCAGCAAGACGCACCCGUGCCGCUCAUCGGGGGACUCGAGAUCUACUCGUCCCCGUCGGCGCUGUCCUAUGUGCAGAAGUCUGCCGAGUACAAGCAGUAUUUCGACCAGGUCAAGGACCAGGACCUGUACGAGAAGGACGAAACCCUCGAGGUCUGGUACCCGGCCGGCGGAUUCGUCGCGCGGCCCAACGAGACGGAGACGGGCAAGGCCAAGAUCGUGGUGCUGGCCAGUUUCGUCGCCAAAGACGGUCCAGAGAAUAAGGACAAAUUGGUCGAAGUGUUGAGCAACUACUGUGCCUGGGUGCGCGACAACGAACCGACCACGUUGAGUUAUGGCGUCUUUACACGCCCAAAGUCACCAAACGAGGUUCUCCUCUUCGAGCGUUACAAGGACCUACCUGCCAUCGGGGCGCACGGUAAGACCAAGGAAUUCAAGGCCAUGUUUAAAGGCACGGGACCCUAUGUUCAGGGCAAGAAGACGGUGUUGAGCGAGUGGGAGGAACUUGACGGUUCGUUUGUGUCGAAUGUGCCGGGCGGUGCGGGUGCGGCCGGUGGCAAGUCGAAGUUGUGA